UCCUGAGGGGAAAAAAAAAGUGGGGAGAGAAAAAGAUAUGUACCUUAGGGAAGAAGCUCAGAGAGAGGGAGGGAUAGAGACGACGGGUAGGAGCGUGUGUGAGUGCGUGAGACAUUUACUCCUCUAACUACUGGAAGACAAACACACUUUCCUCUUCUGACUUUCUUUUAAAAAAAUAAUAAUAAUAAUAAUAAGAUAAAUUAACCCAAAUUAAUCAAGUGGAUUUUUUUCAUUCCUCAUUUUAUUUUUAAAUUUCUAACCAGAUCUACAGGGGACUUCGUAUUCCGUCCCCUCGCUGGAAAUCCUAUGUUCUGAUCAAUAGACAUUUCCGUCCACACAAGAAGACAUACCUCAUGGAUUUGUACCUUGUUGGAUAUCUACAUCUUCUGUGCGUGUGGUUGUCCAGCUCUCGGGUGCUCGGAGGCUAUCCCAUCUGGUGGUCCCUAGCUCUGGGGCAGCAGUACUCGUCUCUGGGCUCCCAGCCCAUCCUGUGCGGCUCCAUUCCUGGUCUAGUGCCCAAGCAGCUGCGCUUCUGCCGCAACUACAUCGAGAUCAUGCCCAGUGUUGCCGAAGGGGUCAAACUGGGCAUCCAGGAGUGCCAGCACCAGUUCCGCGGUCGCAGAUGGAACUGCACCACCAUAAAGGACAACCUAGCUAUCUUUGGCCCUGUGCUGGACAAAGCCACUAGAGAGUCUGCGUUUGUCCAUGCAAUUGCCUCUGCUGGUGUGGCAUUUGCAGUGACACGGUCCUGCGCAGAAGGAACCUCCACCAUGUGCGGCUGUGAUUCCCACCACAAAGGGCCACCAGGUGAGGGCUGGAAGUGGGGUGGCUGUAGCGAGGAUGCCGAAUUCGGGGUGCUCGUAUCCCGAGAGUUUGCAGAUGCCAGAGAAAACCGGCCAGACGCCCGUUCCGCCAUGAACCGGCACAACAAUGAAGCUGGACGAAUGACCAUCCUGGAGAACAUGCACCUACGCUGUAAGUGCCAUGGCUUGUCAGGGAGCUGCGAGGUGAAGACAUGCUGGUGGGCACAGCCUGACUUCCGCUUGCUGGGCGACUAUCUGAAGGACAAGUACGACAGCGCGUCUGAGAUGGUGGUGGAGAAACACCGGGAGUCCCGGGGCUGGGUGGAGACACUGCGAGCCAAGUACGCCUUCUUCAAGCACCCCACUGAGAGAGACCUGGUCUACUACGAGGGCUCUCCCAACUUCUGCGAGCCAAACCCGGAGACGGGCUCGUUUGGCACACGCGACCGCACCUGCAACGUGUCGUCUCACGGCAUCGAGGGCUGCGAUCUCCUCUGCUGCGGCCGCGGCCACAACACGCGGACUGAAAAGCGCAAAGAGAAGUGCCACUGUAUCUUCCACUGGUGCUGCUACGUCAGCUGCCAGGAGUGCGUACGAGUCUACGACGUACACACGUGCAAAUAAGGAGUGCGAGAAGUGCAGGGGUGGCAAGGAAAGAACAUAAGACUGAAAGAGAUAGGACUGAGUAGCCUAUGCGUGUACACACACACACACUUACUCACAAGAUUGUAUUGAAUACAGAACACACAUCGUGGGUAGUGGCACUUCGGUACCUGAACUUUUAAUAUCCUUUAAUAACAGUCGAGCCUCUUUUCUGGGAGAAUUAGCUACCAUGUGAUUACCACUAUCAUUCCUGAUGCAUUCCUUUUUUUAUUUAUUUCAGCUGUGGUGUGUUGAAAGAGUGUAGCACAUUAUUACCUGAACCCUCAAUGUCUUCUGGUAUCACUCUACCUGUCACUCUAGCUCUCUGAUCGUCUCUCCUCAAGGCCUGGUGGCUGAAACCGUAUCUGCCCAACACACUCUCACACUACGCAGACAUGAACAGAGCUAGAGGGGGCUGGUGAGAGAAGAAAGGGGUGAAGGAGGGAGUGCGCUUACUUAACUACUGAUCAUUCAGAGCCUGAAGUGCAUCUGAAGGCUGGGGUCUUUAAGCCCGAAUAGACUACUGAUACUGACGUAAUCCUCAUACUUUCCCUAAUGUCUUCCCUGAUCCUGCACAGGUGCACCAGUUAAAGGAGUACUCCAGCAUUUUUCAACAUAAUAGCUAUCUACUGCAUCUGUAGCGUACGUGUAAUUUCUACAGACAAGAAUUUCAACACAUUUCUCUGUACACAGAAAAUACAGACAACUUGCAUAUGAGGGAAGUCUUAGGGUAGUUGUUGAAUUCAAUCGAUGUUUAAAAUAUGUUUUUAAAUUAUUCAAAAAAUUCAACCGAUACACUGGAUUCCCUUUACAAAUUUUAUGAAAAUUUCUUAAAAUGGAAUUCUAUGGACAGGAAUUCUGUCAAUAAAAGUUUUAAAAUUCAUGACUAAAUAAACUAAAUUAAUGACUAAAUAAUGCAAAAUUACAACUGUUACACUGAAUUCCCUUUACAAAUUUUAUAAAACUCACUUAUAUUUAAAGUCUAAGGGCAGUUGCUGAUUUCUGCCAAUAAAAUUUUAAAAAAUAAACGACUAAAUAAAGCAAAAUGACAAAUUUUCAUUUUCACAUUUUAUAAAACUUACCUAUAAUGGAAGUCAAUGAAUUCUCUCAAUAAACAUUUUAAAAUUUGCAACUAAGUAAUGUGAAAUCACAACAGUUAUACUAGCUUCAAAUGACAAGAAACACUCUUAUAAUGGAAGUCGAAAGGCAGUUGUUAAAAAUUCAUAACUGAUUCAAUUAUGCAAAAUUACAGCUGUUACACUGAAUGCCCUUUACAAAUUUUUAUAAAACUCACUUCUAAUGGAAGUCUAAGGACAGUCAUUGAAUUCUGUCAAUAAAAUUUUAAAAUACACACAAAAUACGAAUAAAUAACACAAAAUGAGUAGAUUUCAUUUACAAGAAACUGAUUUUUGCAAAAUAUUUUUGCUAUUUGUAAAUAAAGCUCUUAAUCUAUACAAUUUGUCUUUUCAGAGACAUUUUAAAUAGAAGAAUUUAUGGUUAUGACAAAGUUACCCGUAUGGUCCUGGUUGGAGCAUGAACCACAGAAUAAGCAAUUUUUUUUCUCUAUUGUUCCAGUGUUGGACAAAACUUUAUAAGAACAGCUUUCUUUCAUAUCUGUCUCAUCUGAACACUUUUACUGUCCCAGUCCAACUGAUGGAAAUGUAAAUUUGCAUUGAUUAAGUCACGUUUUAAACGUUAAUCGAGGAAAUUCAACAUGGACUUGGACUUCCAUUAUAAGCGAGUUUGGAGUGCACAGAUUUUCAGUUCAUUUCCCAGAAAAUUGAACUUCUUGUGUGUGAUAAUCAUACGUAGAGUAAAGAUGUAAAGUAUGGAGAUUAGGUUGAAAAACACUGGAGUAUUCCUUUAAGUAGUCACUGGUCACUGAUUUCACACACUGAUCUACAUGUACAGAAAAAUAAAUGCAUCAAGGUUGCCUACUGAACAUGUCCAGAACCAUAAGGGGAAAAAAAAGAAACCUCAUUAAUGAAAAUAACGCUGUAAUGCUGAAAUGACUCAAACGGUACGAUUUUGGCCAUGAGAUCAACUCUUAUGUGAUGCGUUUCCUUUUUUGAAAAUUUUAAUUUAUGAUGGUGGUGAUUAGAAGGAAAAGAGCAGGUGUGUAUAAAUCGACUACCUGUCUAAACAAAGCCAAAGUGUUUUCAGGUAGAAGCCAAACCACCAUCAAAACACACACACACACACACACACACACACAAACUUCAUUUGCAUCCAGAGUUUUAGAGUUAAAUUUGCACUUACGAACACACUGAGCAACAGAACGAAUGUUAGGAGUUUUAUAUAUAACCUUCUAACCUUCUCUAACAUCUAUAGAUCUUGGAAAGGGAGAGGAUAAAUUGGGAUUGGGAGACUUUAUGCGUUAAACUCUUAAGUUGUUGUCUAACUGCUGUUUGGACGUUAAAAGGCGAAGCGGUCUGGGUGUCCUGACCCGAGUGUGUGUGCGAUGGCUGACGUCGAGGGGGAGGGACGACGGGCUUCACAGACAAACAGACAGGCACAGGGUUCCAUACAUGUUCCAACAGUCCUACACACAUCCCAUUCAUUAAGUUUAACUACAGAAGCAGAAGGUAGACAUUAGCGUUGUCUCCUUGAGACUGAAUCGUCCGCUUAACACCCACAUCCACAUGCACAUGCACAUGGUCUCCCUCUUCCCACAAGCAGCUCCGCCCGGCAUCACUGGUCAUUUCAGCACUCCCUUUCUGCUCCUCCCAGCCCGCUAUAUAUCCAAAGUUUUGUACAAAGUUAUUAAUUCCCUUUCUUUUUUUUUUUUUAUUUUAUCGUCUGGAAAUGUUAUGUUUUUAUAAAUAUUAUUUAUUAUACAAUGUAUAUAUCUGUAUGACUGAACUAAGAUUAUAUAUUUGAAGAACAACUUACUGUCUCAUGCUUUUGCUUCUAAAUUCUGCUUUUAUUCUACUACUUUAUGGAUAAAUUGCUAUAUUAUUGCUUUUGUUUUUAAAGUUAGACAUACUAAACUCCUAAACUAACCAAACCAUAUUAUAUAAGUGACCUUACAUUACACCUAGUUAACCCAGUUUAACUUAUUUGCUCAUUAGUGGUUAAGAGAACGGUGGCCCAAACUGUUUCCAGUUUCCCACGCAGCUCUAAUAAAGGGUAAUGAUCUUCCUCUUG